CUCUCCUGGAGUGGCCUCAGCACAGGCCUGGUGCCUGCAGUGAGAGGGGCCAGUGUUCUUGGCUCCUUUCCACCCCCCUGGGUGUGCUCUGCCAGGCAGCUCCGAACUGUCAUCCAUCACUUGGCAGACCUAGAAGAGGCCGGAGUGACCUGGGUCUGGCUUCCACAGAAGAAACAGGGUUUCAGUGUGGCCCAGAAGCCAUUCGGGGCCACAUACGUGUGGGGCAGCAUUGUACACGCACUGCAAACGCAGGUGGAGGUGAAAAGGCGGAGGCACCGCUUUCAGCGUCACAGCGACUGCUUCAUCGGCUCAGAAGCUGUGGAUGUCAUUUUUUCUCACCUCGUUCAGAAUAAGUAUUUCGGUGAUGUGGAGAUUCCUCGGGCCAAAGUGGUGAGAGUGUGUCAAGCUCUUAUGGACUACAAAGUAUUUGAAGCAGUUUCAACCAGAGUCUUUGGAAAAGACAAAAAACCUACAUUUGAAGAUAGUAGUUGCAGCCUUUAUCGGUUCACCACGACCUCUAGCCAAGGCGGGCAGUCAGGCAAAGAGAACCAGCUGUCCUCCCCUUCCAGGUAUGCAGACACAUUAUUUAAGUCAUCUGAGAUCAAGUCGACCAGCUUAGAGGAUCUGUGGGGAAAUCUGAGUUUAAAGCCUGCUGAAUCCCUGCAUGGCAAUAUCUCUACAACCCUGUCUCCCCAAGUUGUUAAUGAAGUAUGGCAAGAAGAGACAAUUGGGCGUCUACUACAGCUGGUAGACCUUCCACUUCUUGACUCCUUACUCAAACAGCAAGAGAUUGUACCUAAAGUCUCUCAACCUAAGAGGCAGCCCGACAUGGUCAACAACAGUAACUCUCUGGACCGAGGGGUUCUCAAGGCUUACAGAGACUCUCAAGAAGAUGAGUGGCUCUUUGCAGCCGUUGACUGCUUAGAAUACCUCCCAGACCAGAUGGUGGUGGAUGUCAGCAGAAACUUUCCUGCACAACCUGAUAGAACCGACCUAGUGAAGGAACUGCUGUUUGAUGCCAUCAGCAAACAUUACAGCAAUAGGGAACCUCUGUUAAAUCAUUUCUCUGAUGUUCAUAAUGGAAUUGCAGAACUCUUGGUGAAUGGGAAGACUGAAGUAGCACUGGAAGCCACUCAACUCCUCCUCAAGCUUUUGGAUUCCCAAAAUAGAGAGGAGUUCAGAAGACUGCUGUAUUUCAUGGCUGUUGCAGCCCAUCCUUGUGAAUUUAAAUUACAGAAAGAAAGUGACAACAGAAUGGUUGUGAAAAGGAUAUUUGCAAAAGCUAUUGUUGAUAAUAAAAACUUGUCCAAAGGCAAAACUGACCUUCUGGUACUCUUUUUAAUGGAUCAUCAAAAAGAUGUUUUCAAGAUUCCUGGAACUCUACAUAAAAUCGUCAGCAUUAAACUGACAGCCAUACAGAAAGGAAGAGAUCCAAACAGAGACACAGGAUAUAUUUACUGCCAGAGAAUUGAUCAAAGCGACUAUGCUGACAGUACACAGAAGACAACCAAAGGCGAACUGUUGACUUUACUAAAAACUAUUGAUGAGGAUUCAAAACUGUCUGCCAAAGAGAAAAAAAAACUGCUAGGUCAGUUCUAUAAAUGUCACCCAAACAUCUUUACUGAGUAUUUUGGAGACUGAGUUUCUAGUAUUUCUAUGUAAGUUGUGUAUUUUAAUAAUAAAUUAUGAUUCUAAAGAUCCAAUCACA